CCGGGAAUUUAGGGCUUAACAGAAGAUUAGGGUUUUUAUUUCUCUUCGUCUCCCGCGGCACGAUGGAGGAGAGAUCGAGCGGAUCGAGGCGCUAGCCGCGAAAUUUCAGGUAAAGAAGAUGCAAGAGCAUCAGCAGCAGCAGGAAUCUCAGUCAUGGUGGAGCGAGAUCACUCAAGCUCGAGCUCGGAUCGACGCAUUGUCGGCCAUUCUCGGCGGAUUUCCUUCGCUGGAGCCGCUGCGGGCCUCGGAGACCCCGGCGCGGGAUCUUCUUGGCGACUCGGCCGUGGCGGACGUGGUGAUCUCCAAGCUAUCUUCGCCGGGGGCAGGGAAAGGGGACGAUGAGCUCUGCCAGUGGAUGUACGAGACAUACCACUCGGGCGAUCCGGAGCUCCAGAGCGUGGUGGUGCGCUUCGUGCCGGCGAUUUGCAACGCGUACCUCCCCCGCGCGGCCAGCAAGCCCGGACAGUCACUCUCAGGAUUCGAGGCCGUGCUCCUCGCGCUCUACUCGUCCGAGCACAAGAUCCGCCAGGGGAAGGGAAUUCUCGUGACGAUUCCCAAUCUCUCGCAGCCCAGUCUCUAUCACACGCCAAGAGUUCCUUCCAGCUCGGCCACCGAGAUCAAGGCCGGGUACUAUUCCCCGUCCUUGCAGCCACAAGAGGCCGUCAAGACGACCAAGAGGGCUGCGAUCGUCGGGGUGGCGCUGGACCUCUUCCACCGGAAGAUCGCAGCGAUGCCGGACAGAUCCAAGCUCGAGCUUUGCUGCGCGAUCCGGGAGUGGGCGAUGCGGGGCUGCUCCUGGGCCGAGAGAGUGGACGAGGUGGCCAAGCUCGCGCUGCUCCAGGCCAUCGCUCCCGGGCCGGACGUGACUCUCACGGGGCACGUCACCACAGUGGGUCCUUCGUCGUCGACCAGCAUCUUCGUCUCACGCCAGAGCUUCGACGACGACGAGGACGAGGAUGGCGAUCACAAAGAGCGAACUUUGAGAAUACCGCUGCCGUGGGAGCUCUUCCAGCCGAUUCUAAAGAUCCUGGGACACUGCCUGUUGGGCCCGAGCUCGUCCCCGGAGACGAGAGACUCCGCCGGCGCCGCCGCCCGAGCUCUCUACGCGCGGGCCACGCACGAGAUCAUACCCGAGGCGAUUCUUCCAACUCGGGGCUUGCUACGGCUGGACGAGGCUGCAAGAGCCGCGUCGCUGGCUGCUGCCACUGCGGUUGCCUCGGCGUCUACGAAUUCGACGCCUUCCAAGCCGAAGAAGCCCGAGGUUCUUCUCACACCCGGGAAAUAGUUCGAGGUAUUCUUCCCACUUUUUUUUCCUCCGCCACCAAGUGAUAAACGUUGCUGCUUUGAUAGAGGCAGCUCCAAAACACAGAUAUACGGUCCGGGCUUCUUCAUAGGCUUUGAUGUUACGUUGCCAUACGUUGCCAGUGUAAUACUAAUUCGUCACACACUUACCUUUCUC